GGCGAGUACACAUAAGACAUGACAAAGUUGACCAGCUUCACCCAUGACAGAAGCGCUGCGUUGAGGAUUCGCACCUUUUCUAAACACUGUAACCGGCCCGAACAGCAUUAAAGCCAAUCAGACAUGAAGGCACCGGGUCUACUUCAGUCUGAUCUGAGGGUAAAGACGGAUGCCAGAUUACAACUAAACUAUACCAGACCGAAUCUGGAAAACCGCUUUCUCUCUCAAACAGCCUCAGUUUUGUCCCUGCACCUGAAUGCAUCUCCAUUAUUGACCAAACAUACCACCACAGACUCGCCAUGCCCAGCCCUCCAGCCAACCAGUCUGUCCUCCACCACCAACACCUCAAAUCUUCUUUCAUCCACAACCAUGAACUCACUCUCCUCUCCUUCCUAUUUGCUGACCACCAAGAACACCUUUCUAACGAAGGGCUCACUCCUCCCACCCUCAUCCUCUCUCCCCUUCACCUGUUCCCAUGAUCCUUUACUCAAUUGCUCUCAGAUGCCUUCUGCUGGUGAUGUUAAUCCUCUUGGCCCCUAUACGUCCACUUUAUUGGAGAAUAUUAAGGGCUCAAAUGAAAAGAGAGAAGUGGAACAAGACAUGCUGAGAUACAGUGAAGAUUCUUGUCAGGAUAUCAGACAUGAAGGCUUGGUGGAGACGGACCAGGUGCUGUCCUUGGAUGUGCCAGUUUUGGAAAUGGAUUUAGGUGAAGAGGUGGAUGAGCAAACAGUGGCUUUUCAUGAUGAGUUUGAUAUGCCUGAAACAAGCAUGGAUGAGCAGCUUGAGGAACUGAAGAACAAGAAGUACAAGCUGCUGAAUAUGGUGUGCUGCUCUCUGGUCAACAAAAGCUGUACUCCAGGCCAGAAGGACUGGGAUGAGGAGAAAAGUGUGUGGAGUAUGAUGAAGAACCUGGGUGCAGAGAUAACCUCAAGUGACCCUCAGUUUCUCCUCAAGGUUGCUGUCUAUACCAGGCAGGAACUAAACAUUCGGAUCACAGCCAACUUCCUGCUGGCACUGGCUGCCCAUCUCCCUGGUUCUAAGCCACAUCUGAGAAGGUACUGCUGUACUGCUGUGCAGCUACCAUCUGAUUGGCUGGAGGUGACAAGAAUCUAUAGCACGUGUUUCAGUAAAAGUUUGCCCGCCUGCUUGAAAAAGGCUCUAGUGGAUAAAUUUAAGCAGUUCAGUGAAUAUCAGCUUGCCAAAUACAAUACACGGAAGCAUCGCAGCAAACACAACAAAAAAAAAAGGAAAGGCAAGCAACCCUCCCCAGAACAAUGGAAAAAAUGGGGUGACCUCAUCAGAGUUGAUGCGACUAUGCUUCAAAAAUAUUUAAAGUGCGAGGACCGUGUUGCAGUGGAUAAAAAACAGAUUGAAUUCAGCUUCAAGAAGAUGAUAAAGCGUCUUCAUAUCAAGGAACCAGCAGAAUAUGUCAUGUCCAUACUGGGAAAGAAAUACCCCAGUGAUCUAAAGGCAUUCUCUCGCAGCGGUCUUAGUGGGGUCUGGGAUAGAGAGAGAGCUGGAACACGAAUGAAACUAAAGCAGCCUGACACGUGGGAGCGCAAACUGAGCCAGGAAGGAAACAAAGCUGCCACUUGGGAAAAGCUUAUUGACCGCAGGUCUCUUCCCUUUAUGGCAAUGCUGAGAAACCUGAGGAAUAUGAUCACUGUUGGCAUCAGUGAGAAACAUCAUUGUAAGAUCCUCAACAGAUUGACCUCGAAGGUAGCUGUAAUCCAGAGCAAACAGUUUCCCUUCCGUUUCCUGUCAGCUUAUAAAGUCAUUCUGGAGCUGAGUACAUUUGCUGGUGGACCUGCAGUUGAGGUGCCAAACUCCAGUGAGAUCCUGCGGCAGAUUCUGAAGAAAUUGCCAAAGAGCAAACGCUUUCAACGUUACAAAUGGGAAACUACUGGGCGCAAGAGACUGAGGGUUACAAUGUCUGUGCCUUUCGUCUACCGCAUAUUCAACAUUAAACGCAAUCUCCUGAGAAAGGCAAACCAAAGGCUGUACACUCAGGAGAUAUUGGACCAGUACCGUUUUGCCUUGGAGAAAGCAGUGCAGAUCUCCUGCAAAUACAAUAUCCCCCCUCUCUCUGGACACACUCUUGUGAUCUGCAAUGCUAAUUUUACAGAUGAUGAGAUGUGGAGUUGUGCUCCGGACCUUUGCUUGCCACCAGACCGCACUGAUGCCACUGGAGAGACCAAACUCUCAGCAUCGGCCCGUGAAGCUGCAUUACUCUUAUGUAUGAUGAUAAAACACUGCAGUGAGCACACCCGGCUCAUGCUGCAGUCCUACCAUGGCUUCCAUGAGGUCCAGCUGAAGUCUGAUGUCCUACUGGAUAAUGUGAGGCAAGCAAUUAAGCAAGUAGCGGCCAUUAAUGACAGUGACAUAGAAUCUGAAUACACUGCGACCACUACAUUCUUCUCUAGGCUAAUUGAAGAGAAGGCAAAGGUGGAUCGUGUAAUUUUAAUUGAAAAUGGUUGGACGGACAUGUCGUUGAUGAUGGAAAUCAAUAAAUAUCGGCAAGAGACCAACAGUGACGCUCUUGUUAUAGAUGUACUACUUGGAAAUAAGACUACAAAUGAGUUUUCAAAUAACAAACGGAACACUGUAGAACUCUAUGGGUUUAGCGAGCAAAUGUUGAAGUUUAUCUCGGAGAGAGGCUCUUCAAGGCUUCUGCAGCAUGUGGAAAACAUGGACAGAGUGUAUAACAUCCCCCCUCCACAAGGGCACAAACCUGAAUCUGAAAGAGCUACUGAUGUCAUCCCACUGCCAGCAACGCCAAAGCUCAGAUGGAAAGGUGUGCGGGUGUUCAUCUCUUCUACAUUCAGGGACAUGCAUGCAGAGAGAGACGUUCUUGUUCGUAGCGUGUUUCCAGAGCUCAGGAGGCGUGCAGCACCACACUGCCUCUACCUGCAGGAGGUUGAACUGCGCUGGGGUGUUACCGAGGAGGAGUCUAGCCGCACCGUAGAGCUCUGUCUGUCAGAGGUGUGCCGUAGCCAGCUGCUGCUUGGAAUUCUAGGAGAGAGAUAUGGUCUUGUGCCACCCCGCCCCACGCUACCUGAACUUCCUCAAUACAACUGGAUGGACUCUGCACCCCCUGGGAUGUCCAUCACUGAAAUGGAGAUUCGACAGUUUCAAGCUCUAUAUCCAGACUCUGCCCAGAGCCGGAUGUUUUUCUACUUCAGAUCGCCUCAUCUCUCCAGGUCAGUGCCUGUGGCAUGGAAGACAGACUUUGCUGCAGAAUCCAAAGAAGCUGAAGCUAAAAUGAACAGCCUGAAAACAUGGAUCCGGAGCAAUAAAUUCAAAGUUACAGAAAAUUACCCCUGUGAGUGGGGUGGUGUGGUGGAUGGAAAGCCCUAUGUGAAAAGCUUGGAGGACUUUGGGAAGGCUGCGCUGGAGGAUAUCUGGGAAUCACUACAGAAGCUUUUUGUAGAGGAGACAGAUGAAGAUUUGAUCUUGGAAAUUAAAGAACAGGAAGUGCAUCAGGAUGCCCAACAGCGACAGUUUCAUGGCAGGUCUAAGCUAAUUGCUAUGGCAAUAGAAAACAUUAAGGAAUGUCAACAAAAAGGAGGAAUUCUGCUGGUUGAAGGAAAACCUGGAGAGGGCAAAACUGUGUUCAUGGCUGCUCUGGCCCAGGCACUCAAAACAUCUGACAAAACCAAGAAAGCCCCUCUUUGUGAUGUCAUAUCCUUUUCCACAGAUGCUAGCCAAUUGGCUUGCAAUGUUGAGCAGCUUCUUCGCUGUCUGGUUCAAUGGCUGAGGAAGAGAAAGGAUGAUGUGAAGUUGGCCCCAAAUACAUCUUACAGAAAAUUGUUGUCAGAGUUCCACUUGCAGUUGAAUGAGCUGAAGAAAGAGCAGCCACUGGCUUUGGUUGUUGAUGGGGCAGACCGUGUACAUGAUAGUCGAGGUCAGAGGGUAUCAGAAUGGAUCCCUCAACACCUCCCUAAGGGUGUCUGUCUGGUCCUGAGUGUUACUUCAGGAUCAUCCCUCCAGAACACUAUUUGCAAAAGGAAAGGUGCUGUGUCAUUUCCACUGGGGCAGUUAUCUUUACCUGACAAGAAGGAGAUUGUGCAAAAGCAGCUCGUUGUGUAUGGGAAGAAACUGAGCGAUUCUGCGUUCAAUAACCAGCUUCAGACACUGCUGAUGAAGAAAGGCUCUGUGAAUCCACUCUACCUCCAUUUGGCCUGUGAGGAGCUGAGGAAUUAUGCCUCCUUUGAAAAGAUGAAGGACAGCCUGCAGUCUCUCCCGCAGUCUCUGUGUGAGCUGGUCCAACAUAAUUUGCUGAGGAUGGAGAGUCAGUAUGGUGGAGCAGGACUGGGAUGGGCAUUAGCAACUCUUGCCAUCAGCUCCACCGGGCUGCGGGAGAGUGAUCUUUACUCCAUAUUAAACAUGUGCAAUGAUCUAAAUUCAAGAGGUGGUCAGGUGACAUGGCUGGAAACUCUCCAUAUAGCUAGACAUCCAAAGAGCCGUGUUCCCAUGGCAACAUUCUCUCAACUGGCACGGAAUUUGCAUAGCAUUAUUGGACCAUCCCACGCUCAGGGGUCAGAUGACCUACUGACUCUGACCCAUCCAGAGGUGAUGUCAGCCUUCAAACAGCUCUACCUUUGUACUGAGGAUGACAGAAAGAGAAGUCAUCUGAUAAUGGCAGCUCAUAUUUGGGUCCGGUCAAACCCUCAGGGCAAGGACACUUUUCUUCACUCUGAUGCUGAUAUGCUGUCCCAUCUACCUGCUCACCUGUUGAGCAGUCAGCAGUGGGAGCCUCUGAAUUUUCUGCUUUCCAGUUACUACUACCUCUAUGCUAAUGUGCGACACAGACGUCUACAUGAACUUCUGGAGACUUACAUUUUGUUUGCCACAAAGGAUCAGCUUCAAUCCUCAAAAACAACAGGUGACAUGAACUAUCUUGAAGACUGUCUCAGUUUUCUGAAGCGCCACAGUCUUCUCCUCUCCCAGUGGCCUGCACUCUUUGUACAAGCAGCUCUUAAUGAACCUCCUGACAGCUCUGCCCAUUCAUGGGCUGAAAGCAUGGCAAGAAGGGGAGGUGUGCAUGCUGUAAAGUGGCUAAACAACACAGAAGGAGCAAGAAAAGAAGACAGUGAGCUGGUUUCCACAUUCCACUCUGAGCCCAGUUGUGUGGUGGUGAGUCCUGGUGGAAAACUUGUAGCAGUGGGCACGGAAGAGGGAAAACUUCACUUUAUUCACGCAGAGACUGGACAGCAAGUGAAGUCAUUGUUGAGCAGUUGUGAUGGCAUCUCUGGAUGCAUCUUCCUUGAGGAGGGGCUUCUGGGAACAACCUCAUUUGAUGGACAGGUGGAGGUGUGGGAUAUUGAUAGUGGUUGCAGAACUGCCCAUUUUAAUGCCCACUCCAACAAGAUCACAGGAUGUGAUGUCAGUCCAGACAAAAAACACUUUGCUACGGUCUCAUUAGACUUAAACCUUAAGGUGUGGUCAUCACAGAAGAGCAAAGAGGUGGCCAUCCUCCUGAACCCCUCUCCUCUGAACUGUGUAAACUUUGACCCUGAAGGUCAGCUCUUGGCAGUGGGCUGCUGGGAUGGAGCUGUUCGUGUGUGGAACUGGCUCGAACAGAAAAAUGUUAUGACUCUGUCUGGUCAUGAAAGUUCUGUGCGCAGUCUGUGUUUCUCACCCUGUUCUUCCAUGCUGAGCUCUGGCUGUCUGUCAGGAGAGGUGCGACUCUGGUCGGUCACAGCAGCUGCUUGUGUGGGCAGUUAUCAUGCUCACUGUGGCUCCACUGAGUCACUACACUUCCUGCAAGGAGGAAACCUGUUGCUUAGUGCUGGAUAUGACAGUGUGGUUCAGGUAUGGUCUGGUGGUCUUGGGCGGUCUGUUGCCAUUCUGGGAGAGGAACAGAAAGAACCAUUGCAGCAGCAAAAGCAUUCCAGAUGUGGAAAUGAAGAUGAAGCUAAUGCUCUUUGUGUGGCUGUGUCCAAUGGGUACGCUGCAGUGGGUUAUCAUGGAGAUGGCAUCAAACUCUUCAAUUUGGAGUCAGAAGAGAAGGUCUGGGCCAGUGAGAAGCUUCAGGUGUCCAUGCUCUGUGUAAUGUGGAUGGAGGCUGAAGGGGCAGAGCUGCUGUUGGCUGGGGGCAUGGACCACCAUCUCAGGGUCUGGGAGAGGCAAAAAGAAAGUCUGGAAAGCCUUGUGCUGAUAGAAUCUUUUGGAGUGCAGCAAGGACCUAUACUUGCCCUGGCUCAAAACUCCACUCAUGUGGCAUCUGCAUCAGAUGACUUCACUAUUGCUCUAUGGCUAAAGAGAGAAUUGACUUCUAAGCCCAUGGUUGACCGUACUGUGACAUGUAUUCUAAGAGGUCACAAUGGAGGGGUCACAUGCCUUGCCUUCAGUCCUAAUGGGGAGAAGCUUCUAUCCGGGGGCAAAGAUCAGGCUUUGAUGAUAUGGAAGGUGAAUGGCUCUUCUCCAGUUCUCACCCAGUCUAUUUCCCAUUGCCAUGGUGACUGGAUUACUGGAUGUGCCUGGACAUCAUCUUCUGUGCUUAGUUGCUCUAGUGACUGCAAGCUGCGUAUGUGGGAUAUCCAGACAGGAAGUUGCCUAAAAGAGAUCCUGUCUAGUUCCUCUCUUAGCACAAUGUGCUGCUGGGAGGAUUAUGUAAUGGCAGGCACUGCGGAUGGACUGCUGAUGUUGUGGAAGUGGGAAUCAGGAGUAGAAGUCACUAGGAUUCAGGCCCACAAGUCACGACUCCAUCACUGCACUGUGAUCUCUCAGCUAGAACUGGGGGAAAAUCUGAAACCGAAGGACUUAUUGGUGGCUUCAGCAUCAGAGGAUGGAACUGUUAAACUCUGGCAUCCACUGCAGGUACAUCAUCAUAGUACACUGCAUGGCCAUAGUGCAGAGAUCCAGGCUGUAGUGUGCAAAGAGGAUGGACUGCUGGAGUUUCUCACUGUCUCUAGUGAUCGCUCACUCAGGUCAUGGAGUGUCACCACAGCAAUGGAAACUCAUUGCCAGAAGGGCAGCGUCAGAGCUGUGUGCUUCCUGGAAAUUGAUCAACUGCUGGUGUGUGGUUAUGAAAAAGGCAGACUCGAGAUUUGGCAUCAGAAUUCAAUGGUUUACUGGAAAAAGGUCAGUGAUGGCAGUGUGACUGCAGUCACUAAUAUGCCAGAAUCUCAGUUGGCUGUGGGUUCCAGUGACUGUUCUGUAUGUGUCUGGAAACUGGAUUGGGACUCCAAGAAGUGCAGUGUGAGACUUGAUAAGGUGUCUACAUACAAAGUGGAGCCUCCUGUGAGCUUUUUAUACUACUGUGCCACUCUGUAUGGAACGGAUAUAAAUGGAAGAACUGUUGAUGUGUUCUCCACCACAGACAACGGGACCAAGGAGUUGUAUAACUGGGGACAAGAAGUACGUACUGUCGGAGUGAUGGCGAAUGAUAACAAGAGCUUUUGGCUAUUGGGGUUGAACGAGAACUUGCUCCACAUUAGUUUCAUUGUUUCUUUAAGUCCCAGUGCCUCUUACUACUUGGAGCAUUGUGAAAGUGUGGUGGGUAAGGAGGAGAAUGAGAACCAGAGUGAAGAGGCCAGAUCCUGGAUCACAGCUGCAGCAAUGCAGAAUGACUUUAUUGUGUGUGGCGAUUCUGAAGGGAACAUGUGGUUCAACCAGCCCUCUAAUCGUUCCAGCUGGACCCCAAGAAGACCGGCACACAAAGACAGACUAACUGUUCUGCGGCUUACCAAGAGCCUCAUCAUCUCUGCAUCGAAUGACAGAACUGUAAAACUGUGGGACAGAAACACUAAGAAACAGCUGGGCAUGUUUGUGUGUGGAGGCCCUGUCAAGGUGUUGGAAGUUAACCCCAAUGACCCUAAUGAACUGGUCUGUGGAGAUGCACAGGGUCAACUGUACUUCCUGUCCUGGAAAGAAUGAUACCCUUCAAUUAAAUGUAAUUCAGUCC